AUGGUAGACAGUUUGUACAAAGAAAAUAAAUUUUUAAGAAGAGUUAAUCCUGACGAUCGAUUUGAAUAUAUAUCUCAAAAAAUCGGAGAGGGGACUUAUGGUGUUGUUUAUAAGGCGAGAUCAAGAGAUCCACUUGACAAAAAAGAUUACGCUUUAAAAAAGAUUAAAGGCAUCUGGACGGAAGGACUUUCAAUAUCGACCUGCAGAGAAGUCUCGAUUUUACAAGAAUUAUGGCACGAGAAUAUUAUUCACGUUGAGGAAAUCUUUCUGAAUCCACUUAGCAAGGAAGUUUGGCUCCUUUUUGAAUAUGCUGAAUACGAUUUAUACCAAAUUCUCCAUCAGCAUCGCGUCUAUAAUCAAAAGCUGCCGCCUUUCAGGCAACUUUUUCUAAGCGAAGUUAUGAUCUUUUCGUUGCUUUUUCAAAUUCUUUCGGGGCUUGAAUAUCUUCAUAAUAAUUGGAUUCUCCAUCGCGAUCUCAAACCAGCCAACAUCCUCGUGAUGGGCGAAGGCCCCGAAAAGGGAAGAGUUAAAAUCGCGGAUCUUGGCAUGGCUCGACUCUUUUGCAAUCCACUUCGGCCGUUUACAGAUGUUGAUCCAGUCGUGGUGACUAUUUGGUAUCGCUCUCCUGAACUCUUAUUGGGCGCGCGGCACUAUACAAAGGCUGUCGAUGUUUGGGCUGUUGGCUGCAUCUUCGCUGAGCUGCUGACUUUGAAGCCUCUUUUCCACGGAACUGAAGAAAAAGGCAAAAAUGCUUUCCAGUACGAUCAGUUGGACAAAAUCUUUAAAAUUCUCGGAACGCCUUCUGAGGCCGCGUGGCCCGGCAUCACUGCUCUUCCGGAUUUUUCGAAAUUAAAAAAUUUUGAAACUUCUUCUUUUCAGCUGCGACAAUAUUUAGAGAAAAAUCUUUGCGGUCGGGCCUUCUCUUCUCACGCCUUCAAAUUGUUAACAGAAUUGCUUUUGUACGAUCCGAAUAAGCGAUUGAGUUGUUCCGCUGCUUUGAAAAGCGAUUAUUUCAUAAAAGGAAAACUUUUACCAGAAAAUUUAAAAAAUAUGAAAGUCGUAAAAUACAAGAGUUCAAGACACUUUGUUAGUGCGAGACCAGAAGAAAAAAUGUACGAGGGGAAUUUUUUUAGUAAUUCUUAA